AGGCCGGGGAUUCCGCGGGGACGUGAUCGUGGGCUGCAGCGGUGGGCGCAGCGGUCGGGGUCGCGCCCUUCCGGCUUCAGAAUCGGGGGCGGGUCGGCACUGCGCGGCCAGCCAACCGCGUGCCUUCAUGCAGACGGAGGCGGGGUGACUCCAGGGCGGCUCUCCAGCGCCCCCUUCCGGGGUGCGCGUCCUAAAGUGCGGAGUCUGGGUUGCGCGACCAGCGGACCGCGCUCGCGUACGCAAAUACCCGCAGGCCCCGCCCCCAGCCGCGGUCCGCCGGGUCCUCUCGCCGCCCGCAGGCUCCGGUCCAGGCGCUCAGGCCCCAACACUGCCUGCAUUUCGUCUCCCGUCGCCGGGGGGCGCCCUAGCGACGCGGCCUCGCGCAUGCCAGUCCCGGAGCGCCCGCAACCCCGCCCGGCGGGCCACGAGCCCCGGACGCUGGUAUCGCGAAGCCCAGUGUCUCGCGCUCGGCAAGCACAGUGCCAGCCCGCGCCCGGGGAGCUCCACAGGAGGCCCCGGAAGAUCGUGUUUGCGGACGAGCUACGCCCCCGGGCCCCGCCGUACGCAGAGAAGCCUCCCAAAGUUCUGGGACCACGUCCCAACCCAGUACCUGACUAUGAGCUUAAGUACCCGCCAGUGAGCAGCAGAAGGGAUCGGAGCCGCUACGCCGCUGUGUUCCAGGACCAGUACGGAGAAUUCUUGGAGCUCCAGCGCGAGGUGGGGGCCACGCAGGCCAAGCUCCGGCAGCUGGAGGCCCUGCUGAUGUCACUGCCCCCACCCCGAAGCCAGGAGGAGGCUCAUGUGGCAGCUCGAGUCUGGAGAGAGCUUGAAAAGAAGCGGGCGGAUCCUGGCUUCCUGGAUAAGCAGGCUCGCUGUCACUACCUGAAGAGUAAACUGAGGCACAUCAAGGCCCAGAUCCGAAAAUUUGAUGACCAAGGGGACAGCGACAGUGAGGGCUCCGUGUACUUCUGAGUGUCCUGGAGAUGGUGGUGGCUUUUUGUCCCAUGGGGAAUCACACUCUAGUUCUUCCAGGGGAAGCAAGUCCUGCUGAGAAUCCCAGAGAAUAAACACGGGUUAGACAG